AUGCUGGUGCGCUCGGAGGAAGUGGACGGGCUCGAGGAGAAUGAUUCCGGGGUGUUGCCCGAGCGAAGUAAGGAGAUCAUUCAGCAGCUGCGUCAACUGCGCUAUGAAUGUGUCAGCUGUUUGUGCAACAUCCGCCACGACGUGGCUGUCUGGUCCUGCAGUGAAUGCUUCCGUAUUUUUCACCUGUACUGUAUAAAAAAGUGGGCAAAACAGACCGAGAGUGGGGUUGGCUCCUCGUUUCGAUGCCCACAGUGUCAGGUGACGCAGGAGUCCGUAUCGAAGUAUCUUUGCUUCUGUGGAAAGAUGCGGGACCCACCGUACGAUCCGCACAUUACGCCACACAGCUGCGGUCAGAAGUGUGAGAAGCGGAGGCCAUUUUGCGAUCACCCGUGCCCGGUGCAGUGUCAUCCGGGACCAUGCCCUGAGUGUCCCUUUUUUGCUGGCCCAAAGCCGUGUCACUGUGGGGCGACCACGUAUACGUGGCGCUGCGGUCAUCCAGACCCACAGAAAUCCUGCGACAACGUCUGCUCAAAGAGACUGAAUUGCUCCAUACACACAUGCAAGCGUAAAUGUCAUGCUGGAGCUUGUCACCCAUGUACUGAAAAGGUUUUAGUCACCUGUCACUGUCAGUUGGAAACACGCGAACUCCCUUGCGGUUCCUCAUCUUUUUCAUGUGGGAGGGUUUGCGGUAAAAAAUUGCGGUGUGGUGUUCAUGAGUGUGAUCUAUUGUGCCAUUCUGGUGCUUGCCCCCCAUGUGAUAGGGAUCCUUCUAUUAUCUUGACCUGCCCCUGCGGGUCCACCCCGUUAACUGUUACGCGAACACGCUGUAGUGACCCUAUUCCCACCUGUGGAAAGGUGUGCGGACGUGUAUUAGACUGCCAACGUCACACUUGUCAGGCGUUGUGUCAUGAAGGGGCAUGUGAGCCGUGUCGGCAGCGUGCCCUGACUAAAUGUGUCUGCGGCGCCACACAAAAGUUAGUGAAUUGUGCAGAACAAGAAGGAUUUCGUUGCAAUAUCGUCUGUAAGGCAAAGUUAUCAUGUGGGAAACACACAUGUCGUGCUACCUGUUGCCCAGCUCGGAAGCAACACAAUAGUGUUGUGCAUCAGUGUAACCAGGUAUGCAACAAGAAACUUCCUUGCGGUCAUCUCUGCCUGGAAGCUUGUCAUCGUGGGAUGUGUCCUCCUUGUGUUCAUGUGCUGCCGGAGCGCCUGGUGUGUCGCUGCGGCGCUGAGGUUUUGAUGCCGCCACAGCCGUGUGGGACCCCUCCACCAACUUGCACGCGGCCCUGUACGCUACCACUCCCUUGCAACCACCCACCCGUAAGACACAACUGCCACUACGGUGAAUGCCCUCCAUGUAUGUUUCCUGUGGCGAAACCAUGUGCUGGUGGGCAUACAGUGGUGAAGGAUGCUCCUUGCAGUGCCGCUGUUGUUUGCUGCGGUUCUAAAUGUGGGAAAGUGUUGGCUUGCGGCCAUGCGUGCCCUCGCGUUUGCCAUCCUGGUUUGUGUGUAGAUGAGCAACACCCUUGUCUGCAGCCCUGUGGAAGGCUGUAUGCCGAGUGUGGGCAUGCCUGUAAGGCAAAGUGCCACUCCGUGAAGACGUGUCCGCCGUGUACCGAGACUGUGGAAUGCCGUUGCCAGUGUGGCCGGCAAACGCAGCAUGUUCCGUGCAAGAAAUUCCUUCGGUACGCGCGUGCGCACGCCGGCGAAGGCAUGACUAUAAACUGCAACGCGGAUUGUCUUUUUCGCCAGCGACUUGAUAUACUGGCUAGCCGAUUUAAACCGUCCGUGCCGUCGUCUCCAGCACCCGUGAAGUAUUCUUUGUUUUUGUGGGAAUUUGGAGUCAAAAAUCUCACGUGGGUUUGCACAAUUGAGGAGGAAUUGGAGCGUUUUGCGUCAAGUCGUGUCCCAUUGCUGUCGUUGAAACCGAUGCCGGCGGAAAAACGCGCGGUCGUUCACUCUCUUUGUCACUAUUACCAUAUUCAUUCCGAGUCCGUGGAUGCGGAGCCCCAGCGUUCCUGUCUGCUUACAAGGACGGCGAAAACUGCCCCUCCUGCCCCGUUGCUCAGCGCGGCCCUCGCUGAUCCCGAGGGGAACAACCCAUUCGCGUUUAUCCAACAGAUCCGCGAGGCUGGGGAGGAAGAGGUGCGGGGGCGCGUCGUCCUCAUCGAUGGGGAGAACGUGAAUGCCGUUGGUGUCUCACGCAUUUUGCAUGAAUUUGCUGGUGAAUUUGUCUGCGGGGCAGAGGAGACAACCGCGGACGGGAAGAGGCGAAUGUGGGUGUACUUUACACAUCCAUCACGGCAGCAGCAGGCGUACCGUCACCUGCGUUUCCUCAGGCCCCCGUUUGAGGUGUCCCUGCCGCCCCGCUCAGGCGAACAGGGCCUGGCGCCUGCCCACUCCUCCGGCUCCACGUCGUGGGCAAAGUUGGUUUGCUCCAAAGCGCGUGGCGGUUCCGAAUAG